CUCCAGCUCGCUCGCCCAGCCCAGGCUUUGUCUAAAUAAAACCUGACACUCGUGCGAGGGAGGCGGGGGAAGGCGCGCGCGGCAGGGACCAGCUGCUGCGGGGCGGAGCGGCCGCGGCGGCGGCGGGCACUGGAGGCCGCCCCACAGGGGCCGGCGGGCGGGCAUGGAGCCCUGACGCCCGCCAUGGAGAAGGCGGCGGGCGGCGACGAUGAGUGCGUGGACUCGGGGGCCGAGACAGGCGGGAGAUGCAUGUGAAGAUACCUGUGGUCAGAAGCUCUGCUGAUCUGUGUCUUUUGGGUGGAACAAAGCAUAGCUGAGGGUGUGCAGGUCUGAGUACAGCCGUAUGUCCUCUACUAGCAGUGAACUUUCUGUGGAAGAUGUACACGAUCCUUUCCUCGUUAGUGUUCAUAUUAUCACAGAUCCAGGUGAAUCCAAGAUUCUCCAACAAGCUAUUGAUAAGUUGUUAGCUUGGAUCCAUCCAGACCUCCAGCUAUUCCGAGUUUCAGAAAGACGGAUUGCGAGGAAGCGCAGCAAGUCUAUCAAGGCUGCUGUCUCUCAGCCAGCCCUUGCUGUCAUCUUGUUUCUGCAGGAGGACUAUGGAGAAGAACCAAUUUUGCAGCUCCAUGAAGCUUUUCAAAGACCACCAUGGCAUUAUCACCAUAGAGAACAAGUGCAUGGCAAGUUCCUUCCAUACUUACCAUGCAGUCAGGACUUCUUUACUCUGGCCCAAGGGACCCCGCUGUGGGCCAUCCGGCCGGUGCAUUAUGGGAAAGAAAUUAUCCGUUUCACCAUAUACUGCAGAAAUGAGAACUUUGUUGACAUGUUGAAGCUGUAUGAAUUAAUCCUGAAAAGACCAGUGUGUCAGAAAAAGGCAGAUUUCUGUGUCUUUACUGUCUAUUCCAACAUGGAUAUAGACGUUCAAUUCUCCUUAAAAAGACUCCCCAAAGGCCAGAUUCCAACACUGACAGAGUCCGCAGUACUGGAGUUCCGAGUAAAAGAUGUUGGACAUCUUGUUCCUCUCUUGCCGAAUCCUUGUAGCCCCAUCAGUGAAGGCAGGUGGCAAACAGAAGACCAUGAUGGGAAUAAGAUCCUUUUGCAGCAAACACGCACUUGCUAUACAAAGUCUACUAAGCAGAACAAGCUUCAGUACCCAUCUUCAUCAAGGGACUCCCACUUCACUCCUUCGCCAGCCUUCAUACCUCACAGUCCCAGGCCUGCUGCUGACCAAAAUAAUGAGCAUCCCCAGAGAGCUGGUCAAAACAAGCCACAUCAUGUAAAUGGUCUUGGGGCCUCCCAGAAGGACUUGAAAAAUGUUGACCAAGGAGACUUCACCCAAAUCUCCAAUGAUGUCUCCAGCACCUCAUGGUCAUUUCAGCGAAGCAAGUCUCUCUUCUGCCUGCCCACAGUGAGCUCCUCUCCAGGCUCAGAUUUUCUUCACUUCAGUGAACCAUCCCAGAUUUUAUGUACCGGGUCACCUGUAAAUAGAUUAAAAACAUGGAGGUGCAGCCCCAAACUUAAUAUAGAUGACCUGGAAGGGGUGCUGGAGACUGAUGUGGACACAGGGAUGAAGCUGUCCUUUUCAGAUCUAUCUGUGGUCUCUGCAUACUCAGCCCUUAAUGGAUUUUGCAGUGAUUUGGAAGCUUCUCUUCCCUCCCAAAGGCGAAGGGUCAGUAAAUCCAAACAGGUGCUCUCCAAAGGAAGGCCACUCUCAUUCAUGUGCAAUACCCUGGAGUUUUCUGGUGGUUCACUUCCUUCUCUUUCUGAGUGGUCUUCCGGCUCCUUCAUGUCACAUCCAGAAUCCCCCUUAGCAUCUCACUCCCAGCUCAAACAGUCGCUGAGAACAACCCCUUGUUCUCUGAAUGGCAAUAAACCACCUGGAGGUAUGCAGCCAGGUCCUCCAGCUAAUGAAGAAGAAUUCUACAUCUGAGCCUUCUCUGUACUACACCCUUCAUUGUAAAUACAUGCAUGUGUGGAUUAUAGCAGUGCACUUCUACCUUCUGAGCAAGCUGGGCAGCUAAGAAACAUCCUUGCUCAUUGCUGAGGGAAAGGUAUUGCACCGAAGUGUGCUAAAUAUCAGAAAGGGUGUCCACACAGCACGGUGAUGGGUGCCUCAGAAACAUGCAUAAUAAUACAGGGUAAGAUUGUGCCCACCAGAUUCAUACUGAUAGGAUGGUCUGCAUUUAGUUCUUCCCAUGGUCAGGCUGAUGAGGGGUUUUGUCACUGAUCUUUAGCCUGUGGUAAAGGAAGUGCCAAGAGUGUAAUCCAUCUUUCCCCAGCAAGCAGCUGGAAAGACACUGAAAAGAAAAUGCAACUAAGAGCUGCAGUAACUUCUCUGAGAAGCACUUGCAGAGAGCCUGAUUUCCUUCUUCCAAGAGGCUCCAGAAUCAGGUAGGCAGACUGGUAGAGUAGCUCCAGUGGAGUCAGACAAAGUGGUUGAGUGCCAAGCAGUUCAGGCCACCUCCUGGUCUCUGGGAAUCUGCAGAUUUGGAGAGAAGCCACUUAUCCAUGCCCUCAGGAAGAAGGAACCCACCACAUGCCCACCCUAGAAGAGUCGGACUGAGAGGAAUCUAGGGUAGCUCUACUCCGCAUCUUCCCCAAAGUGCACCCCAUUGUUUUUUUCUGAUGUGAGGAGAAUGGAUUGUUAGGACUGCAAUGCAACUCCCUAUUUUGGGGAUCUGUUAUUAUUUUAGAGGUAAAAAUCCAUUUCAUACAGAAGUUUAGCAUGCCUGGUCCUAGCUCAAGAGCAUUUGUGUCUGUAUAAAACACAUUUCUAGCCAGACUUGUAUUUUUAAUUUAUCCAGAGGGGAAAAUGCGUACAGUUUUACUGGUUUGGGCUUUCUGGGCUUUCAAGUUAAAGUAUUGGCAAGCUAUUCUGGUCUAAUUAUUUUUGGUAUUUAAGGAAAAAAUGUAACUGUAACAAGCGUUUCAAAUUGCAUCACAUGUCCAGAAAAUGUCUUCCUGUGUUACAGUACUGGAACUGGCUACUGCCCUGACCUAGCCAGUAAGAGAACUUAGGUUAAGGUAGUGCAUAUAUAUGUAUAUCUACAUUUAAUUCAUAGACAAGAACAGUUAAGUAUAGCUGCAGAGUCAUCCCUCUGAUAAAGCAAGUAUAUCAGCAUUAAAGGAGAAAAACUAAGCACCUGGUAUUACUCAGAAGAAUAUCCAGUUUUCAAAGCAAACAUCCUAAAUAAAUAGUUACACAAGAAGACUGGAAUAAUCUCCUAAACUACAUUCUGGUCCCCACAGUAAAUACAUAGUUUAUAACUUCCCACAAAUCAUACUUUAAAAAAAAUCCAUCCCCAUAUAGGCUGAGUGAAUUAAAUCCAAAUUUAGUUAUUAUAUAUCAAUUAAAGUCAUUCUCCAAAUCCAUGAAAGACCUGGAAUUCAUGGGCAGGGCUGAAAGAGGGAUCAGACAACUUAAGUCACUGUCCCUUGUUCAUGCUGGUCAGUCUUUUUUUUUCUCCCCCCACAUUGACAGGGAGUGGCACAUCAGCCUUACCUACAAGUUUCCUUCCCGUUGUCAGAAACACUUGGAAUACAAACUGUGUUUAAUCCUCGUUUUUUAUAUUAUCUAUAAUCUAUUCUAGAUGCAGACAUGCAAUUGGGAAUAUCAGCAUUUUUUUCACAGAGUAAUUCAGGUUCACUCCUAGACUUAGUGAACUGCCCUGUUCAGAGAUGACUGGAAGUGGAAAUAGCAGGAAUGAGGGAUGUGACAUGGUAUUUGUAUAUGCACCACUUCUGGGCCUGCUCCAAAUUCUCUAAGUCCAUAAGAGUCUUUCUGUUGACUUCAGAGGGCUACAGGUAACAGUAGUGCUAUGAGCUUAAUUCUCCACUGUCAUUGUUACUGUAUGUUGUCAUUUACACCUGGGCAAACCAUGUAUAAAACACCAGCAGCUGACGGUGAUAGCAGUUUAUGGCCACUUCACAGAUGCCAAUGCAAGGUACAAUGUAGAGAAGAAUUAGUUCCCAUAGGUGUGACUCCAUGCUUCAACUCUGCUCUGUGUAUCAGUGCAAGGCUAAAUGAUGAAAUAGGACCAUGUAUCCAUUGGUCAAACCAUUUUGACCAAGAGCAGUUACUUCCAGAGAUGACAAUCAGCAGAAAUGAGUUGGCUUAAACCAGUCAAAAAGUUCUAGCAUUUCUUAUUUGGGGGGAAAUUAUCUCUUCUAAAUUAUUUUUAAUAAUGCUAAUAAAAAUUGAUCCAUACAUGGAAUCAAAAAUUUCUCUGAAAACCAGCUUCGGUUGACAUGUUUGUUAUUUCCUGAAACCAUGUCAACAUUCAGCCUCUUGAAUGUGGCUUAUGCUGCUAACGGAGAAGACUUUGAAAAUCCUGUUAAUCUACAGUGCGCCUUAUGACUGGAAUUCAGGAGAUCUGAGUGCAAUGCCAUGACACUGUAGAAACCACUGAUGAUGAUGGGAGGCUGCAAGAUAAGCACAAGAAAGGUCCUCACCAAACAGCAACUGCUAGGCUCAAAUAUGCUAACCCACGCAUAUGGGAAUAUCCAAGUUCCAGACUGUACCGCACAAACCAUAACAGGAAUGAAGCCAAAUUAAUUUCAACAGGCUCAGAACUGAUAUUGCCUCCAGUGGGGGUUUUUUCUCUCUCUCCAAGUACUCCAAUGCUGUUUACUCCUGUUUAACUAGAAAUUCAUGUUUUAAUGAUUUAAUUUCUGUAUGAAUAAUUCAUGGUGCUUGUAACCAAAUUUGCAAUGGCAAAAUGUCUCUCUGUCAGGGAUAACAAUAAUAUUGUACUGACACCUUUUUUGCUGUAAAAGUAAAAGCCAGCUUUGAAGAGUGAACUGAUGAAGGUAAGUUCCAUUAAUUCCCCUUUCCAUCAUAAGAAAGGGACCUGAACUGGAGACGCACAAGGUUCAUGAGCAUUGUGCUGACUUGUUUUAUUGUUAAAUUAUGAAUAGUGUUAUAAGAAAAUGUUGUCAUGAAGGUUUCCCUUUACCUUCUUCCCUUUGCCAUCCCAGAAUUUUUUGCUUCUAUUAAAUAAUUAGAAAUCGAAAGUUAGUUGAACUUAAGCUUGUGUGUGUUCAUUUAUUAGACACACUAGACUCUGUUAUCACUUUGUCUCAGACUUCAAAAUAAACUCUGUGUCAGAUGUGAGCACUUCAGUUCUGGGUACUGCUGAUCCAUACAAUAAAUAUGAAAUAAAACCAGCCCUAAUUAUUAGGCCUGUGCCUUAUUUUAGAUUCAGAUUUAUCUCUAUAGAUGAGAUCUUACUUCUCCUUUUCAUUUUUUAUUUUUACCCUAUUAAAGCUGAAGGUUAUGAUGAAAGUUUUUAGAACCUAUAGACAUUAUUCCAACUCAGUUUGUCACCUGGAUUAUAACAACACUUUCCUUUUAUGUCCUCAACCUUUGGUCUUUGUCCAACAUAUACAUCACAAAAGUAAAGUCUCCCUCUCUCUCUCACUCUCCACCCCCACCUCCCUCCCUCUGCACCAUCCUCACCUUCCCCUAUCCCCAUCUAUUUAUCAUUAGGAGAUUGAGCAUAUUCUAGAAUUGAACAAUAUAUGCAAAUAAAAGCUUUAUAUUCAAUUGUA